CUCCAACGUUUAGUAUAGUAUGCCUUGCAGAUGAUUGAUAUUCAAUACCGUUUUGGAGCAAAGUUUAUCAAAAUCUGUAUCCAUUAGAGGUUUUAAUGAACCUGUUUGAUAUUAUGCUGAAAUUAUGGAUACAACACUACGUGACUUUAUAGGUACUGAAGUAAAAACGUAUUACAGAGAAUCUCCAUGGGAACGUUUAAAGGUUCCUUUUAAACAAGCAAUUUCUCCGAUAAUAGCGUCCCAAUUACCAAGAUGUCGUUCAUCUUCUUCGGGAGGAAGACGUCCCAAUCGUAGUAAUGUCUGGAGAUUUUGGGAUAGUUUAACACUUACGGUAUUUGACAUUCCUUCAGAAUGGAUAGAAGAAAAUGGUAACAAACUAUAUAACCUGUGGAAGCCUUUGCAUAAACAUGGCAACAUAUCAUUCAUGAAAUUCAUAGAGCCCCCGAAUAAUAACUUGACUACGACUGCCAUCGUUCGCUUCUUUCCUCCCCCGAGAGAUCCUUUUUGGCAGCCUUUCAACAAAAUUCGUGUUAAUGGCGUGGACUUGAACGUUCGUAUAGACCCUUACACCCAAAAUUCCUUGACCAAACAGUCGUCUUUUACUACGGUUGGUAAUCAAUAUAAUAAGAUUGUCCAACUUCCCCUGUCUUCCUUAACAAUUGGUCAAAGUUACCAUGAAAAGAUGGUUCCUCUGUUUGGACACGAAUGUGGAACGCCAUUACAUGACAUCUCCCUUUCGGUUGAUUUCAAUAAUAGGCGGUUUAUGAUAAGCUUUAGAAUAAUUGCUGGAGAAAUAACUGAUGAUUAUCGUUUGGAUAUCAAUUUUCGGAGUGUAGUCGAUGAUAUAGGUAUCGAUGUUGAGAAGGACAGCAUCACCUUGUCAUUCAGAUACAGAUUACCACCUGUAUUAUUUCGUAAAGAACUUUUGGAAUCAGAAACCAAAUUGAGAAAAGUAUGGAGUUCUUCAAAUCUUUGGCGUCGUCAAGUUGAUAUUUUGCCUUCUUCAAAUCGUGCAGUUCCCAAUUCUCCUCUACAGUUAUUAAAUUCAAACAAUGUUCCAUUAGGAAGAUCCAACAUGGUUAUGUUUUCAUAUGACAUAAGGAAUAGUCGUUCCGAGGAAGCUAAUGCUUUUUUUAUAGAGGAAUUAGAAAAGUAUAACCUGAAGAGUCGCAUGUACCGAGUCUCUACUUACCGAAUUGAUGGUUAUUCCCUGAGAUGUGAAUUACUAUAUCGCAAUACGGAUCUGUCUCACACCGUUUUAUAUCUACUGGAAACGUGUCUUUCUCAGCAGUUGCUUUCCGAGGUUGACUUACCUGUUCUCCUUGACAACUUGAACCAGCUUCAAGAAAAACGAGCUACUGUUUUUUUAAAAAAUAUCCUUGCUUCUCAAAAACCUUUACACAACCCUACGCGGGAAAUAUUUACACAACAAAUGGCGUUCUUCGAUCUAAUUAAUACUUCUAGUAUACGUAUAAGAAAGCUCUUUGUGACUCCAACUACCAUUCGAAUUGUAGAGGAUUCCAUCGAAGCAGGAAACCGCGUUAUCAGGCAUUAUAGACAAUUCGCGGACCGAUUUAUGCGGGUACAAGUCGCUGAUGAAUUUACCAAACGAAAAGUUUACGCUGAUAAUUCGAACUGCGAGGCUGUGUUUGCGCGUGUACUUCAAUUAUUGGAUCAGGGCGUAAAAGUUGGAAAUCGCAUCUACGAGUUUCUGGCCUUUGGCAAUUCCCAACUUAGGGAACAUGGUGCCUUCUUUUUUGCUUCAGGACCAGAUUUGAACGUGGAAGACAUUCGUAAAUGGAUGGGUGAUUUCAGUGAAAUUAAUUCAGUGUCGAAAUAUGCAGCGAGGAUGGGUCAAUGUUUUUCCACCACCAAAGACAUAGAUCGUUUUUCUGUUAAUAUUGCACCUAGAAAUGAUAUCUAUAAAAAUAAUAAUUGCUUCACUGAUGGUAUAGGUAUGGCUUCUCUCUCUGUUUUGCGUCGCCUUUCUUUUGAGAUUGAUGAUAAUGAACUUUUUCCUUCAGCUUUUCAGUUUCGUAUGGGAGGCUAUAAAGGGGUAUUAAGCUUAGCUCCUCCGACUAAACUAGAAUAUCAUCAAGGUGACUUGGUUUUUCCUCGCCCAAGUCAAGAUAAAUUUAAGUCUCCUCAUGCUGUGUUGGAGGUAAUUAAAGUGUCUCGCUUUUUAAAUGCUCGUUUAAACAUGCAAAUCAUUACAUUAUUGGAAGGUUUAGGGGUUCAACAAGAUGUUUUCCUUGAAAUGGCAAAAAACCAACUAUCCGAAUUGAAUAAUGCUAUGACUAAUAAGCAAAAGUGCAUCCUUAUGUUGAGGGAUAACGUCGAUGAAAACCGAUCAACGCUUGUUAUGGCCGACUUAAUACAGUCAGGAUUUUUAGAGAAAAAUGACAUUUUUACAAAAAAUCUCCUUAAUCUUUAUUAUGAAUGGGUUCUUAAGUCGAUAAAAGAAAAACAGAAACUUAACGUGUCUAAAGGAGCUUAUUUAUUCGGCGUAGCCGAUGAAACAGGAACUCUUAAAGGUCAUUGCGAUGAUGCUGUUCUUUCGAUUCCUGAGAUUUUUGUUCAAGUUACAAAUCAUCAUUCGGAAGCUGAAGCUUCCUCUACUGGCCGGAUAAAAACAACAGUAAUAUUAGGUCUUUGUGUUGUAGCUAGAAAUCCCUCUUUGCACCCUGGAGACAUACGUGUCUGUCGUGCUAUUAGAAGUGACGAUCUAAUGCAUCUUAAAAAUGUCGUUGUCUUCCCAACAAAAGGUGAUAGAAGUGUUCCCGCAAUGUGUUCCGGUGGUGACUUAGAUGGAGACGAAUACACUGUAAUAUGGGAUCCAAGUCUUUUACCUAAAAUUGUGAAUUAUCCUCCUCUUUUAGAAACGACACGGAAACAUGCAGCAAAAUUUCUGGAUGGAAAACCUCUAAUUGACUCAGUGAAAGCAUUUUUUAUUUGUUAUAUAAAAAACGAUAAUUUAGGAUUAAUAUCAAAUGCUUGGAAAGCAUGGGCCCACGAUAAAGACAAUAACCCUGACGGAAUUUAUGGUCAAACCUGUUUAAAACUAGCAGCCUUACACUCGCAAGCUGUUGAUUUUCCUAAAUCCGGCAUCGCUUGUACUAUGCCUAAAGAAUUAAGGCCUAAGCAAUAUCCGGAUUUUAUGCAAAAGCAGCGAUCCAGAACAUUCAAAGCAGAAACGGCUGUUGGACGGAUCUUUCAAUAUGCUGCUAAAUUUCAAAAGGAAAAUGAAGGUAUUCGGAAGUUUGAUCCGAACAUGGAAAUGGUUUACGAUGAUCGAAUGAAGUUACCAAAAUACAAAUUAAAUUAUUUACACAUCGCGGAGGAAGUCAAAGAGCGCUAUGAUUUUGAUAUGAAAGCUUUAAUGAAUCGAUAUGAGAUAGCUUCGGAAUAUGAAGUUUACACUGCGUUUAUACUAUUAAAUGAUGAUAUGAAAACAUCUAUCAACGAAUAUGGAGUACGUGAAGAAAUUAUGUUACAAUUUAGCAUUAUAAAGAAAGCCUAUGUUAACGAAUACUUUGAAAAAUGCGGACUUUCCACCAGCUGCUCUAACCAAGACAAUAAGGCACGAAUUGACAGUGCCGUAGCUGCUGCGUACGAUGUAACGUACAAACAAAGACUACAUUCUUUGCGAAAUGGAAAAAGGCUACCUUUAAUUUCUUUUCCUUACAUUUUUGUCAACAUACUUUGUCGCAUUGCUCAUUCUGCAGCUAUAAGCAACUGAACAUUGUCUAAAUCCAACGUCGACAUACAACAUGAUAUAAAAUCCUUCUUAAGGUACUUUUAUUAAUAUAAAAUUAAUUAUAUAUUAUCCAAAAAUUGUUUUGAACUUUCAAACUUAUUAAAGUUUUCGUUAGGACGAAUUAAUUAGCAAAAUAAACUCAGAAUCUCACUGA